AUGAACCCACAUAUCUCCGUCCCCCGCCAACAUGCCGGUCCCGCCAAUUUCGGGUCUACGCCCAGCCGCGGGUCCAACGUUCGCAUGCCGCGCUUCUUCAAGAGACUCUUCAAGUUCCCCCAGAUGGACUUUGAAAUGGCAAUUUGGGAAAUGACCUCCUUGUUGAUUGCGCCGAAGAAGGUCUUCAAGUCCAUAUAUUACCAUAAACAAACAAAAAACACAUGGCACCGUCCCGACCCAUCCUUUACAUACCUCCUCUCCUUCUUCCUCCUCCUCACCGCAUUCGCCUGGGGUCUAGCAUACACCCACUCCUUCGGCUCCAUAAUCCGCCUCUCCUUCCUCUUCAUCUUCGUCCACUUCAUCGGCUCCUCCCUCUUAAUAUCAACAAUCGGCUACUUCGCCAUCGGCCGACUCUUCGGUCCCAACGGCGCCGCCGCCUCUCUAUCCGGUCUCCGCGGCUCACGAGCCCGUCGCCGUGGCGCAGCACAAGGUCUCUUCGCGCAACCGGGUGAAAAGGAACAACUCGAAUUCGGAUACUGCUUCGACGUGUCAAAUCGAGCAUUCUUCCCGCUGUAUUUGCAUCUCUAUGUCGUACAGUUCUUGCUCCUCCCGUUGUUGACCCGCUCGCCGAGUGAUUUCCUGGCGACUUUCUUGGGGAAUUCGUUGUAUCUUUCUGCGUUCAUUUAUUACACGUAUAUUACCUUUUUGGGAUAUAAUGCGUUGCCGUUUUUGCAUAAUACGGAGCUUUUGUUGGUGCCUAUUUUGGUUUUUGCUGUGUUGUGGUUGGUUACUUUGAUUGCUGGGUGGGGGAUUGUUAUGCAGGGACAUGGUGUCGAGGGGUUGUUCUGGGGUGUUCCUGAUACGAAGGGUUGA